CUCUUUGUGCACGAUAAUAGAAGUUGCAGUUGGACAUGGAGGAAGUUCUUAGAGUACCAUGCCAAGCAUGACAAAAGAUUUCUGAUUUUCUGAGGGAUUACCUUUCUCCUGUCUGCAAUCCUUCUGUCCUUGGCCCAAUGGAGGGGAUACAGGACGUCAAUAUAAGUAUUAAUGAUUCAUGCUCCAAUCUCUACGAUCAUCGGCAUAAAGCUCAGGUGCUCAUUCCUCUGCUCUACUCCAUUGUGUUUAUUGUUGGAUUUAGUGGAAACACUCUUGCCUUGCAUGUCAUUCGCCUCAACCUAAAGAAACUGAACUCCACCACUCUCUACUCCAUCAACCUUGUGGUGUCUGACAUCCUAUUCACGCUCGUACUUCCGCUGCGUAUCUUUUACUAUGCCUCUGGCUUCCAUUGGCCACUGGGUGAAGUCCUCUGCAAGGUCACAGGCUUGAUCUUCUACAUCAACACGUAUGCAGGAGUCAACUUUAUGACCUGCCUAAGCGUUGACCGCUUCAUCGCAGUGGUGCUGCCGCUGCGCUUUUCUCGUUUUCGUAGGAUCCGCAACGUCAAGUACAUCUGCAUUGCAGCCUGGCUGCUGGUGCUGGCUCAGACGUUGCCUCUGCUCUCCAUGCCAAUGACUAACUUGGAACCGGGUGACUACAUCACAUGCAUGGAGUACCCCAACUUUGAGAAGGUUGAAAACUUGCCCUUCAUGCUCAUUGGAGCAGUGUUCCUGGGCUUUGGCAUUCCAGUCGUGACCAUCAUUGUGUGCUAUUCUGUGCUGUUCUGGAAGGUGCACUCACAUGCCAGGAUGAGAAAUAUGAAGGAUAAGUCAGGAAGGAGCAAGAAGGCCAUUGGAAUUAUCUGCUGUGUCACCUUGGUGUUUCUGGUGUGCUUCAGCCCUUACCAUAUUAACAUCUUUCAGUACAUGAUUCGGAAAAUCCUGUACACACCCACCUGUGAGGAGCUGCAGGCCUUCCAGGUCUCCCUCCACGUCACGGUGUGCUUGAUGAACCUCAACAGCUGCCUGGACCCCUUCAUCUACUUCUUUGCCUGCAAGGGCUACAAGAAGAAGAUUUUGAGAAUCAUGAGAAUGCAAGUGAGCACGUCUAUGUCAAGCGCAGUCCGGACCUUGCCAGAUAGUGGCUCAAGGGACAUCGCUGAAGGUACCAAGAUCCAUCUGAACAGCAUUAGGAGUGAUCACUAAGCCCCGACCCACAACAACGAGAAAAGAUGUCAUAUGGGUGAAACCAUCGCGACUGAAACCAUUCUGAAAGCAGCUAUAGGCAAAUAUUCAACAUUUUGGAAACUAAACAAUAUGAAGAUGAGGAUAAGUCACUUGUCUGAUACUUUUGGAAGAGUAACCUCAAUGAAAAGUCAAGGCAUAUAUGUGUGCUUUUUGUGUUUAUAAAAAAUGGCAUAUGCAGUACAUUACUAUCUUUCUAAAUAAAGAAUACUGUGUUAGAAAAAGAAUUUAUGUGAAAAUGAACAGGCUGUUGUCAAAACAUAAUGAAGGUUUGAACCCAACACCAAAAUGUGUGCAAUGUUGCAAUGUUUUUUUCAAUGGUUAUUCAAGGUCAAUGACUGUUGUGACAAAUGGCCAGCGACACUGUCACCGGUGUCCUUGUAAAUGCAUUCAAGGCCAUAUCAUACAUAGAGUAGAGAUUGUAUAAUAAGAGCUUUAACCAGGGACAACUUAUGUAUGUACAGUGCAUCAAUGGCCAGGAUAAACGGUACAAAUAAAACUCGAAAUAUUACAGCAGGUCGCGCAGUACUGUUGUCUGCCAGUGUUAAGGUCCCAGGUUUGAGUCCUGCCAUUGCUGUAGUACCCUUGAUCAAGGUGCUUGCCAUAAACUGAUACAGUGACACCAUCCCGAUAUAUCAAUGUGAAUUAUUGGAAAAAAUGCUUCUUAACGCUGUAAAUUGCACUGGAGAAAGGAAUCAUCCAAAUAAAGGUUAAACUUUCUAAAUAACUGUAAUUCUGAAUGUUGCUGAUAAGAUCAUUAGAGCUGUGAUGCUUUCGGUUUGCAGUGGUAAGAGAAGUGUUGUCUCCUGAAAAAGUCAUGUCCCGAAAAGCAGUAUUGAGCAAGGCUCAUCGUCAAAGUGACGUUCAGGCCCCCUGGGAGCUCAGAAAAGGCUUGUGCAGUUUUACAUUCUCAUUGUACUGGAAGAAGGUUCAAAAGUCUUUUAAUGCGAAGAACAGCAUGUAUUUUGUCUAUUCGUAGAAUGCAUGACAGCAUAAUUUUAUUGAUCUUUUAUUUGUCUUUUGCUUUAGGUACUCCGAUUGGUAUAUUAUACUGUAAUAUACCCUUAGUUGAGGCGAGGCCCCCCUCGUAGUGCCUGGUGACACUCAUCUUUGUCACAUUUCAGCUUUCCCACAGAUGCCAAAAGGCCACGGAUGCAAUGCAUCGCUCUCAGCUCCAAAACACAACACUGCCAUAAGCAACGGAAAUAUUUUGUGGGUUGAGUCUGUGUUCACUUCUCAACCGGCCUCUUCAGAGAGAUUCAACGCAUUUGAUGUGGCUCCUCCAUUGCAGGCAGGAGAAGCUGCUAUGCUGUUACGAAGCUGCUGUGCUUGAUGCUUUGGAACCACAGGUAUUGGCACAUGACACACAGCUGAUGAAGCAGCCUACUGCAAAUCCUUCUCUGAUGCCUGCCUUUAAACACAAAUCACAGUCAACCCAUAAAUGUACAACUGCUGGUGCAGCCUUGCAUCCUAACUUUCGCAGGCCAGCAUCCAGCAAUGAAUGUCUAUGUUGAGAAACACUGCUCAGCAUGUGGCAAUUGUGGAAAAAAUUGCAAAAUGUCGACGUUGUUUGCAAUAGCUCACCAUUUUCUGUUAUCAUCUCGAAAUGAAGGGAACUAUGAAUAUUGCAAGGUAAGUUCUCAAUGCAUGCUCUGAAAGUGGGGGUGCUGGAAUCCCGAGAAGACCGGUCCUGCUCUGGGACCUGUAUGUGAGCCCCUCCAUCCCCUGUCCAGUAACAAACAUAAGCCAAUCAGAAGCAUCUUGAAUCAAUGGCACUUUACAUCAGAGAAAAAGCACAGUUUCCAUCCAUUUCAUCAUGACUUUUCAGUCUUAUGCUGUAACGGGUCUGAAUUGCUCCACUUGUUGUUUCCUUGUGCAAAAUAUGUUCCUUUAACUGCUCUGAAAAAAAAGCCACUGUAAGAUGUAUUGAUGUGUCAAGCAAAUAAAUAAAAAUAUUAACUGGAUCUAAUUGCAAAAAAAUUGUUUUUGUAAAAUACUUUCAUUUUUGAGUUCAUUAAUAUAUAACUAUGCUUUACUUAAG